UCGUAACACGUGUGGCUUACAAGUGCCUUCUUCCCCUGUUCUUGGUUUCGGAAGCCACAGCUCCUCUUUGGUGUUCUGAUGGCCGCGUCUAUCUCCCUUCCACCUUCCCAAUUUCUCCUCUUUCCACGCCGUUCCCCUCCUCCUCCACCUAUUCCUCAUCCUCAACUCGUGAGUCCACCUCGCAAGUCCACCCUUUGCUGCUCUUCUUCUUCGACUCCUUCCGCAGAUGCUUCUUAUCCAGUUGUAACCGAAGAAGCAGCAGAGGAAGAAGACGAUAGCUCCACCCUUCCUCUUCCUAGAGAAGGAUUCUCCCCUUAUGAAGCCGAAUCACCGAUUGAAGGCACAGAGGACCCCCAGUUCAGGGGCUGCAAGACUUGUGGAAGAGAGGAAAUUGAGAAAGGUUGCAAUGGCAAGGGACGGAUUCAGGGCGGGAUAGCCACUGUCCCGGGCUUUGGCUGGUGGCCGAUAAAAGCCUUUAGGCCAUGCCCUGGAUUUGUGGCAUCUGGUGGCCUAUAUAGGAGGCAAGGGCAAAGCAUGGACGAGGUUGCAUUUGGCAGGGGGGAAAGGGAGAUGUCCACCAAGAACAUUAAUAAACCUAACUCAAGCUUAAUGGUCCUCUAACCUCAUGCAGCAAGAAAAAGCAAGGACCAAGUAGCUUGAAGAGAUGAAAAUACAGGCUCUGUGCUCGAUGACGACGAGGCAACCCAGCAAGAUCAUAUCUGAAUGAUACCUUGCUCGCAUUACUCUUUACCAUAUUUGUUUGUGGUACUAAAUUUUACACAUAUCACCAUUGGAAAAAUGCUUUGUAUUAUUGUAGUUGUUGAAGAUUUCUGAUUUCAGAUUGGAGCAAGGUUUGUGCUCUUACGGUUGAUCUUGUGGUGAUGCUGCUUAUCGGGAAGUGUUACACUCCAUUGGCUUUACAUGGUUAUCUGUGCGAUGUCUGUACUGUAGAAGCCACAAUUCAACCAAGAUUUGUAUUGAUCUUUCAUCUCAGAACUGCAUGAGACAGGAAACCAUUCAAACUAUGGUUUUACUCCCAUCACAUUUUCUGAAAUAACAAGUACAUGUUUGAUGUUUUA